AUGGCACUGCUCUUCCUCAAACAGAAGUUGUUCCCCAAUCGGGAAUCCAAACACGUACAGAGCAAGCCUCUUCUCGCCCGCAUCGACGACGACGACACCAUCCGUGGCGACUCCGACCAGGACCUAGAGUCGCAACGCUCGUAUGAUACUUUUGGCCGCAUUGAUAGCCAUGACGGAUCCACCAGUAGCAGCAGUAGCAGCCGGUCUCGUAUCAACCCGCGCAUCAUCUCCGAUGCUAUUCUCGGUCUCUCCGAUGGCCUCACCGUGCCAUUCGCUCUAAGCGCCGGCCUCUCCGCGCUCGGCAAUACCAAGGUUGUCGUGCUGGGUGGUCUGGCCGAGCUCGCGGCCGGUGCUAUCUCCAUGGGCCUGGGCGGGUACGUCGGGGCCAAGAGCGAAGCUGAAUCUUAUGAAGCUACCGUCCGCGAAACCCAAGCGCUCAUUGAGAGCGACCCGCAAGAAACUCGCGUCAUGGUCCGGGAAACCUUUGCCCCGUAUGGUCUGUCCAGCGCGGCAAUCGAAGAUAUCACACGGGAUCUGCAUGCCUCGCAGGAGCGGCUGCUGGAGUUUCUGCUGGCCUUCCACCAUCGCGAGUCUGCUCCGGACUGCAAUCAGGCCUGGAUCAGUGCUAUCACUCUUGCGCUGGGCUACUUUGUCGGUGGAUUCAUCCCGCUGAUUCCCUACUUCAUCGCAUCCCAGGUUCUACUGGCGUUGUACUGGAGUGUCGGGGUGAUGGCGGUGACCCUGUUUGUAUUUGGAUAUCUCAAAACUUGUGUGGUGCGCGGCUGGGCGGGCCGCGCGAAUAUCGUGGCUGCGAUCUGGGGCGGCGUCCAGAUGUGCUUCGUUGGCGGCGCCGCGGCCGGUGCGGCCAUCGCGCUGGUCCGGUUGAUUGAUACCGGCAAUGCUUGA